GCCGGGCCGGGCUCUGCCACCCGUAGCGCAGCGGCCGCCGCAGCAGCAGCCUCCGCGCGCGUCCCUCUCGCCCAUGCCAGGUGCCCGCGCCGGACUGCGCCGUGACUGAGCACCAUGGGGCCCAUGCGGGAAAGCAGCAAGGAGGAGCAGAAGGCGCACCCGGAGAAGGAGGUGUCCCGCAGCCGCAUCCCCCGCCUCGUCCUCCGGCCGCAGCCGCCGCAGCAGCGCAAGGUGUCGCCCGCCUCCGAGUCGCCCUUUUCGGAGGAGGAGAGCCGGGAGUUCAACCCGCUCAGCUCCUCCGGGGGCUCCGCCAGGACCAUCAGCAGCAACAGCUUCUGCUCAGAUGACACUGGCUGUCCUAGUAGCCAGUCAGUAUCUCCAGUUAAGACUCCUUCUGAUGCUGGACACAGCCCAAUCAGUUUUUGCACCGGUAGUGAUGGAGACUUCUCCAGGAAGAAAUUCAGUGCAGGAACAAUGAAUGAAGGAAACUCACAGCUGGCUCGGUAUAAGAAGGAUACAAAGACAAGCCUUGUAAAGCCCGGGAGUGAAGCUGAUUUUAGCUCUUCAAGCAGCACAGGCAGUAUUUCAGCUCCUGAAGUCCAUAUGUCUGCUGCUGGAAGUAAAAGAUCUUCUUUUUCUCGCAAUCGCGGCCCUUAUGGUCGGAAUAGUGGAUCCUCAUCCUACAAGUCUGGAGCCAGCCCACCUGCUUCCCGUGAAAAGGACCAUUUGUCAGCACUCUGCAGAAGUCAGCAGAAUCCUGGUAACAUCCAUCAGAAUUAUGGGGUUUCUUCUCCCAGUAGCAGUAACUCAGGCUCAUACAAAGGAAGUGACACCAGCCCAAUAAUGAGGCGAUCGGGGAGAUAUUUGACUUGUGUUGAUCACCACAGUGUUAAGUCACAAAAUCCAGAGCAGUAUUUGACUCCUCUGCAGCAGAAGGAAGUCACAGUACGGCAUUUGAAAACAAAGCUGAAGGAAUCUCAGAGCAAGCUCAAGGAAAGGGAGACUGAAAUAGAAGAGCUCAAAACUCAGCUAGGACGCAUGAGGGAAGACUGGAUUGAAGAAGAGUGUCAUCGUGUGGAGGCACAGCUGGCCCUCAAGGAAGCGAAAAAGGAAAUUAAACAACUCAAGCAGGUUAUUGAAACCAUGAAAAACAACUUGGCGGAGAAAGACAAAGGCAUUCAGAAAUAUUUCAUAGACAUAAACAUUCAAAACAAGAAACUGGAAUCUCUCCUGCACAGCAUGGAGAUGGCUCAGAACGGUUCUCUGCGGGACGAGGAUGUGUCUGACGCACCAGGGAAGCCACUGGCACUGUAUGCCAAGCUGCCAGACACCCUCAUCGCGGAGGAGCAAGCUUUGGAGGUUGAUAGUGGGGUGCUUCUAAACGAGGACGUAGCUAAUGGGAACGAUUUGUUUCAAGAGACUUUCACCACUGCAGGUGCUGAGUUGGCUGAUCCAGCUUUCUUCAUCUCUGCUGUGGAUCAAGAGAUGCUUGAAAGCGUUCCUGAUGAAGAACUGAGGUCUUCUAGGAAGGAAGAGAGGAGCGACAUCGUGAUGGUGGAACAGUCCGUCCAGACCGACGUGGUGCCAUACAGCCUAAAUGUGGAGCGGCUCAUUCAGAACAUCUUCGGAUCUCAAGACGUCUCUCCUCUGAGCCCGCCUUCCUCACUGAAGGAAUUGGGUGAUUUUUCUUCUGGAAGCUUUAGUGAUUCUGCUAUAGUAGUGGACUUAACUCCAAGUGAUCCAAACUCUGCUAUCCUUUUGUCUCCUAUGGAGUCUCCAUGCAGAAAGGUGGAUUAUGGAGUUGGUGAAAAUCAUGGCAUGAAAGAACUUGAUUUUACGGAAAUGUGUGAUGAAGUGUUUGGGUAUGUAAACACUGCCUCUGAGACAGGAAUAAUGCAGAGGCACUGGAGUGGCAGUCUCCUUGUAGAUCUCCUGGCUGUAGCAGCCCCCAUUGUACCCACUGUCAUGUGGGUAUUUAGUACUCAGAGAGGUGGAGUAGAUCCCAUUUACAAUAUUGGAGCGUUGCUCCGUGGGUGCUGCCUGGUGGCCCUGCACUCAUUGCGUCGUACACCCUUCAAUAUUAGAACCUAAAUUCCGCUGUCACUGGGCAGCAAUGGGCUGAGGUAGAGAGUGGGGGAUGAGAGAUACAAAAAGAUAUUGUAUAUUCAGGCAGAGUCCAUUGUUUUGCUCUUAAAUACUUGAUUUGCACUAUAAAUUGGUUCAAAAACACGUUCUUGUUUCCAAAUGAAGAAAAUUGAACCCUGUAGUUCCACAGAAUGUUUUUAACUGACACAGCCCAGUACUGCUGCCUAUAGUAGUCCUCCUGCUCCCAGUCACCAGGUCCCUCCGUCUGCUGGUGCUUUUCUCAGACCAGCACAUCCACACAGUAACGAGGAUCGGGGACAGCAGAGAGCUAGCACAGCUUUGUGGCUGUUUGCUGAGUGAGCCUUCAUCUUCCUUUCCCUGUCCAGUUCACUGAGCAAACGCACGAACUCUGUGCUCUGCCUCACAGGCAGCACGAGGUGCAUAUGGGAACAAAAGGCCAGGGAAAGGCGGGAUAUUUCUGUAGGCAACAGUAACAAAACAUUUGUGAAACUACAGUGUUAAGUAACAUGGAGACUCGUUUCCACUGAGUGUAUCACACAUGUACUCUAAAAAGCAUGCUAGCGCUUGCCAUUUGUUGUCUGAAGCAUCAAUCCAAUUCAAAGAAAAAAACUGUAUUUCCCGACAGCUUCCAGCACAUCCUUCAUGCCUGUCUUGUGUAGUGCUCUUCUAAAUCCUGCAACUGCUUGAGCAUUCCACCAGUCUCGUGCGUAUAAGGACUGUAACCACAAUGUUCAGUUGUUGGGAGUCUUGAAACUGUUAGGACGAUAAAUAUAGGCGUGGAUACACUUUGAAUUUUAAUGUCGUUUUGGAGUCUUAAUGUAUUGGAACCUGAUAGUCAUUUGAACCCUGUGAAAUACCAUCUAUAAACGUAUUGUGUUUUAACUUAUUGUUUAUUUAAUUGCUUUAUUGUAAAUUACCUUUAUAAUCACAAAUUCAGUAAAGCAUGUUAGAAAUGUUAAGAA